CUUUAAUCUCCGCCCCGGAAGUAAGCGUGUGGGGUGUCCAUGUGGACGGUGCUGGGGCUUCUUCCAGUUUGUAUUCAAGUCAUCAUGGCAACAGCCUUCAGCAGUGAUGGAGCUGAGUUGAUGCAGCGGGCCCUGAUUCCUGCAGGAGCAGAUGGACGACCUCCAAUCAUGGAGCUGGAAGAAUUCUAUGAGUUGGAGAGAACCAUUGCAUUUGUAUCUGAUAAUGGCUUCACCACGGUUGCACUUCAGUUCCCUGAUAAACUCUUAUCAGAUUCAGUAAGCGUUGCUACUAGGAUGGAGACAGCAACUGGUGCUAAGAUGUACAUCCUAGGGGACACAUCAUAUGGCAGCUGCUGUGUGGAUGAGGUGGCUGCGGAGCAUGUGGGUGCUGAGGCUGUGGUGCACUAUGGCCCUGCCUGCUUGAGCCCCUGCCGCAAACUGCCAGUGCUACAUGUGUUUGGUCGUGAGCAGCUGGACGUGAUGCGCUGCGCAGAAGUCUUCCAGGAACUGUAUCCUGACGUCCAAGCUCAUGUGGUUGUGCUGAGCGAAGUGGCCUAUUCUCAUGCCAUUGAUGACCUGUCUUCUCAGCUGCACCCCACAUAUCCCAAUGUGGUAUUCUCCCAGUUGGACAGCCAAGAACAUUUUGAUUCAGCCCUGUCAGUUUCUGGGCUGGUGCAACAAUUUGGGCGACACUUUGUAGUAAAUGAACAGCAAGGACUUGACACCUACAUGGUGUUCUAUGUGGGCUGCGAAGGGCCAGAGCUCACCAACUUCAUGCUGAGUUGGAACCAGUGCUCCUUCAGUUCCUUUGAUCCGAAGACAGGACAAGGUCGGCGUGAAACGCUGGAUGUGAACCGGGCCCUGCGACGGCGCCUCUAUCUAGUGGAGCGGGCACGGGAUGCCCAAGUCGUGGGCAUCGUGGUGGGCACUCUUGGUGUGGCUGACUACUUGUCUGUUCUGCAGCAUCUGCGAGAAAUCAUUCACCGGGCAGGCAAACGUGCCUAUACCCUAGCAGUGGGUAAACCUAACCCUGCAAAGCUGGCAAACUUUCUUGAGGUGGAUAUUUUUGUGUUGGUAGCCUGUCCACAGAACUCCUUGCUUGACUCCGCGGACUUCUACCGGCCCCUGAUCACACCCUAUGAGAUGGAACUAGCAUGCAAUCCAGCUCGGAGCUGGACAGGCAGCUAUAUCACCGACUUCCGUCACCUCCUACCAGGAGCACAUGACCACACCCCUUUCCCAGACAAGGUGGCAGAGGUAGAUGAUGAACCCAGCAUAUCACUAAUCACUGGAGAGUUGCGAUCAACUUCCCUCUACAAGACACCGGACCCAGAGCCAAACUCCAGCACUGCUGUGGCCUGCCGCAACCAUAUCCAGACUGUGGCUCAGAUCAGCCCAGCAGCUACAUUCCUGGAGUCACGCAGCUGGCGGGGACUAGAACAACAGCUGGGACAGACAGCUGUCACAAAAGCUGUGGUGGGACGGCGAGGGAUUGCCAUUGCCUAUGAAGAUGAGCCCUGUGAAUGACAGUUGCCGGGUGCGAGAAACACCAGAACAGAGAACAAAGCUGCUUUCCCUUGCUGAGUCUAAAUAGUGUAGGCGAACAUGGCUUUGAUUGGCGUUCAGGUUGAGGAACAGCAUUUACUUGUGAACGUCACCCUCCUUCCUGGACUCACCUGUAAGGCAAGGGAUAACACACAUGAUAUUGCUUGGCCUAGCACUUCUUUCAGCAGAGGGACAGAUCAGCAUAUGAAAUGUACUGUAGCAUCCAGUACUUUGCUGGGAAUGUGCUCUUCUGGUUAGGUUUUAUGCCAGCUUAGGAAGAGAAGUAAAACUGUUCUCCUUGCUGUGCUGUCAAUUCCACUCACAUUGAUUGUUACACAUGAAGCUGUUCUUUAGUCCUGGGGUAAGGGUUGUCGUGGCAAACUAAUUCUUGGCCAUUUCCAUCUGUGGCUUGAGUUCGCGAGA